GCCGGCGGUUAGGAUUUUGCCCCGAGCGGAUGCGCGUGCUCCUUAGCUCGCGGGGCCGCCGAAGGGUGUUCCUGCCCAAGACAGUUUUAUUUAUUUUUAUUUUUUUGCAAAACCCUCGUGGGUCGGAUGAAAGAGGUCACCCCUACACGGGCGGCCCCACGAGCCCGGCUAGCCGGGCAGAGGCUCCCAAACCGGCUUCCCCGCAGACUCCGACACAAAAUCAAUGACGCAUCUAGAUGCUUGCUUUAUUUAUUGAUGUAUUUAUCAAAACACGGGCUUGCCUGAGCUAAUUGCUCCUAUAAAUUAUUUGCUCGGUGUUACGGUGGCGGCGCUGUCGCCCAAGGGUAGCUUCGGGCAGCAAGAUGUAUCUGCUCCGUUUUCUUUGUGAUCGCCCAAGCGGUGCCGUGGCGGGAUGGAUCCGUCCCAGGGGCUUUGGAGAUGGCCUCUCUCCUGUCACACAGAUGUUUGUCAGAGAAAAUCUUUUCAGUAGAUGGGUGCAGACCUCUUUAUGUUUCUUCCCUGUUUAGAGUUGGUGCCAUUGAGCAUUUAUUGAGACGUCAUUGAUUAUACGCGUGGGGAAUAGACGUGAAUUGUAUAUCCCUUCAGCAACCUUCUGUUAAACUUGGACUCCCACAGAUCAAGCAACAGAACAGAUGGAUAAUGGAGACUGGGGAUAUAUGAUGACUGAUCCAGUCACAAUCAAUGUGGGUGGACACAUGUAUACAACUUCCCUGACCACUCUCACAAGGUAUCCAGAUUCAAUGCUUGGGGCCAUGUUCAGGGGAGACUUUCCCACUGCCAGGGACUCUCAGGGUAAUUACUUUAUUGACAGAGAUGGACCACUUUUCCGAUACGUUCUUAACUUUUUAAGGACUUCGGAGCUGACUUUGCCAUUGGACUUCAAGGAAUUUGAUCUGCUCCGGAAAGAAGCAGACUUCUACCAGAUUGAACCCCUAAUCCAGUGUCUUAAUGACCCCAAGCCUUUGUAUCCUAUGGAUACCUUUGAGGAAGUAGUGGAGCUGUCCAGCACACGGAAGCUUUCCAAAUAUUCCAAUCCAGUGGCAGUGAUCAUAACACAGUUAACCAUCACGACCAAGGUCCACUCCUUACUGGAAGGCAUUUCAAACCACUUCACCAAGUGGAAUAAGCACAUGAUGGACACCAGAGACUGCCAAGUUUCCUUCACAUUUGGACCAUGUGAUUACCACCAGGAGGUUUCUCUCCGAGUCCACCUGAUGGAGUACAUCACAAAGCAAGGCUUCACGAUCAGAAACACACGUGUCCACCACAUGAGUGAACGGGCCAAUGAGAACACGGUGGAGCACAACUGGACUUUCUGUAGGCUGGCACGGAAAACGGAUGACUGAUGUUUGACUCCACAAGAGCAGUGUCAGUGGCUAGCGGCUUUCUGGACAGUGCACCUGUGUGGACCUGGGUUUGACUAAACCAACAGCGUGUGCUGCUUUUUUUUUUUUUUUUGUAUGACUAUUUAUUAAUAUUCAUUAAGGUCUAGGGAAGUUACUUUCUCUAGCAGCUCUGUUUUUGUUUUGUCCAGAAACAAAAAUGCAUGUGCCUGUUCAAACUGUUGAGACACUUUUUGGGUAAAGGGGGUUCUAACAACCAGUGGGAUAGGACCCUAUGUGUCAUUAGCACAGCUAAGUCAUUUUGAAGUGCUAAAAUUUGCCUCUGUUUUAAAUGGUCUCUAAUUCAGCUAAUGCUAAACCGCCAGGAAUAAAGAACAAACAGAAUUUAAGAUGCAGCUGGGGAAAAGCUACAAUCAUGUAGUAUAACCUAGUUUCUAAAUCAGUGAACAGUAUUGUAAUAUUUUAGGAAAACAAAUCCAGCCCCUUUUAAAGUACUUGUUAAGUACAAUUUCUUACAGUUAUGACGACUGUUUUUUUCUAUGCAUAUAAAUCAAGCAACCAAAUAUUAUCUGUAGCCAUGGAAAUAUGAUUAGAAAUAUUUAUAUUGGAUUCUGAAUGCAAAAUGUUCCUGUGGUAGAAUUCAUAUUUUUAAUGCCUGGUGCAUUGUUAUUCCCAAGUGUAAUGCCUGCCAGCAAGAAGCUAAUAAAAAUGUGAACUAUGAAAAUAA